UUUCCCAGAAGCAAAAGAGAGAGAAAGGAGACUGUGCAUUAGUUUGGAAUUGUUUUGCUGUGAUUGAACAUUUGUAUGAUCUUUUGUGUAUGACCUUGUUUUGCCCCAUUUUUGGACUUCGUCUUUGGCUUCCCCCUCCUGCUUUGGUAGCUCUAUUUGAUCCAGACAAUUUAAAUGAAUCACUACAGCGAGUUUGUGGUGUGAAGAACUACACUUCUCUACUCUCAUAUCACUCCACUUCCUCCUGCUCUCGCUCACUCGCGCACAGACGGACUGACAGACGGGUGUCCUUGCGCCGCUGAACUCCUUAUUACCAGAAAAAUGCUCCUACUACUACCAGUGUUCUUGGCGUUUACAAGAGCAAACGAACUAAAAGUUGUCAGUCACCCAUACUUCCCCACCUUUUAUGUGUCGGAUGUCAUCACUCUGCUGUGUAAGAAUGGCCAUGAUAUUCUCAAGAAUGACGUGAAGUGGUUAAAAAAUCUCACUGAGUUCAGUAGUACCCCGUCCAUCACAGUGAUGCUGCGCCAGUCAGUGAGCUACAGCUGUGAAAGUGGAGGGAGGAAAAGUGGAAGUUUCAACAUCAACGUGCUGAACUUGGUGCCCAAAGCACGACUCUCCAAUACAGGAAGAAAAGCUGUGAUUGGUCGAGGAGAUGCAGUUGUUCUGCGACUCCAUGUGGAGGACACUCUUACAGACUGGUGGUGCCGCUACACAAAGGACUUCACUGAAUACUGGACCAAACCGCAACAGCAGGAGAUGAGCAACCAUACUGCCUUGAUACAUGCCUCCAUCCAGGGUGAAAACAGCACCAACACCACCUACUGGUGCAUGAACACCAAGAGCAAACAGCGCAGUAAUGCAGUCACACUCAGAGCUACAGGGAGAAUUGUAAUGCUGCAGGUACCAGAAGGUCCAGUGAGCGAGGGCGAGAAUGUCCAUCUGCGCUGUGAGGUGUGGGGUGGAGCCCAUGUGGAUCAGGCUGUGUUUUAUCAGAAUGGAAAAAAGCUCCCUGCAGGCACUAAGGACACAUAUGACAUCAACAAUAUCACCAUGUCCUCCGAUGGUUUAUAUAAGUGUGACGCCACCUACAGGUUCAUCCACAUCAGUAAAUCUGCGAGUGCCCAUCACAGCGUUUACUCGGAUGAGCAGGUGCUCCAAAUCAUAGCUGGCCCUCCUGUAGCCACCCUGGUUCAUGACUCUGGGAUACUGAGGUGUAAGUGUCCACAGUGUGACAGUCCUGGUUCCCACCAGUGGUGGUACAGGGUUUCUGGGGGCAGUGCCAGCAAACUGAGUGAUACCUCUGCAGACCUCCAAUCACGAAAGGAGGGGUUCUACACCUGUAGAGCAGCUUUUGAAAAUGGUUUCUCCCGAUUCAGCAAUGAGGUCCUCUUGCAAGUCACAGCUCCAGAUUUGGUGGUGAUGCUUGUGGUUGUUGCAGUAGUGCUGGCAGUGGCCUUGUGUCUGGUGCUGGCAGUGUGUUAUUGGAAGAGAAGAAGAAACACACAGAUGUUUGGUGGGAAAAAGGUGAAGGAGCUGGAAGAUGGUGCUGAUGGCGGAUAUGAGCUGAUUGAUGUGGAGAAGGGUGGCAGAAAUAAAGGUCAGGGGGAGGCGGAAUACGAGCCUCUCAAGGGUCCGCAGACGCAGGUGUACCACACCCUGAAAGGUCAAGGUGAGGGUCAGGGUGGAUAUGAGCCUCUCAAGGGUCCCCAGACACAGGUUUACCACACGCUGAAAGGUCAAGGUGAGGGUCAGGGUAAGGAACAGGCUGAGGGAGAGUACGACCUUCUCAAGGAUCCCCAGGCGCAGGUGUACCACUCUCUGAAAGGUCAAGGUGAGGGUCAAGGUGAGGGUCAAGGUGGAUAUGAGCCUCUCAAGGGUCCCCAGGCGCAGGUGUACCACUCUCUGAAAGGUCAAGGUGAGGGUCAAGGUGAGGGUCAAGGUGAGGGUCAAGGUGGAUAUGAGCCUCUCAAGGGUCCCCAGGCGCAGGUGUACCACUCUCUGAAAGGUCAAGGUGAGGGUCAAGGUGGAUAUGAGCCUCUCAAGGGUCCCCAGACGCAGGUGUACCACACGCUGAAAGGUCAAGGUGAGAGUCAGACUGCCCAGGCUGAGGUACACCACACCCUGCAGGCAGGCCCAGUGAAGGGGCAGGAAGAGGGGGCAGGGCAGGCCGAGGGCGGUUACGAGUGCCUGCCUCUGAAAGAGCCAGAUGAUGUGGCAGAGAGAGAGAAAAAAGGUGAAGAGGAGGUGUAGGGAGA